CAAAGCCAUGCUCACGCAUGCUUACAGUACUAGUUAAGAUCAGCAGCUCAAAUGGAUCGACUUUGUGGGACAGAUUUUUCUGUGUGCCUGCCUUCAUUGAAGAUUUGAUGAGCCACUAUGGAAAUGAGAAUAGAAUUGUCCUGCAGUCAUAAAAGCAUAGGAGUUUUGGGAUGGCUGUGAAUACUGACUUCUACACUGGUAGUGAGAUUAAUAAGGAGUGGCUUAUUGGUUGUUUCUCAACAUUUGGAUUGUCAGAGAACUUCUAUACACCUCUCCAAAAGUUGUCUUUCCUGUCCUAAUCUCUUUUCUAACUGCCUGCAACAAUGGACCUGACUUUGUGGCAGUACCAAUUCAGGAUCAUCAUGCUGGGCGAUUCCACUGUGGGAAAGUCCUCGCUGCUGAAACGCUACACAGAGGACUUGUUUAUGGAGUCCAUCAACCAGACAGUAGGUGUUGACUUCUAUGUUCACUUCCUGGAGGUGGAACCAGGAGUCCGUGUCAAGCUGCAGUUCUGGGACACAGCUGGACAGGAAAGGUUCAGGUCAGUGACCCGUUCUUAUUACCGCAACUCAGUUGGAGGCAUGCUAGUGUUUGACAUUACCAAUCGUGCCUCUUUUGACCAUGUUAAGGACUGGCAUGCUGAGGUGUGCGAGCGAGUGCAGCCACAUAAGGUUCUGUUCAUCCUGGUGGGUCAAAAGAGUGACCGAGAUGCUCACAGGGAAAGGGCGGUGAGCCGGGACGAGGCCGAGAAACUGGCCCAGCAGCUAGGAACACCCUACGUGGAGGCUUCUGCAAAGUCUGGACAAAAUGUAAGACAGUCCUUCGAGCUCCUCACUCGACGAAUCUACCAGGGCCUGUUGAGUGGAGAGAUAGAGCUGCAAGAGGGCUGGGAUGGAGUCAAGUGCACUGCCCCACAGGCACUGCAGUUACAGCGAGCCAGCACUUCUCAGCCAAGAGUGGAAACCAAGAACAAGAAAAAGUGCUGUGGUUAAACUGUGGGCAUGUGGCGGCCAGCUUUGUGAACUCACGUGAAUGUAAAACCAAAAAGAGGUUGAGAGCAGACUGGAUUGGCAGUGGCAUUUUAUUGUAAAGCAAGGAAAAAAAACACACUGGUGUGAAAAAUAUUUUACACCUUUUUGUGAUGAUAAAGAAAUGUGAAAGACUGAUCUUUUUUUUUUUUUUGGUGUGAAAUAAAAUAGGGAACGAUAUUAGUUUAGGAUUUUUUUGGUGUGUAACUGUUUCCUUUUUUGUACUCCAUCAGCAGGUAGACAUGCUUGACUACUCUUGUACUGAUUUGUUGUUUAAUGAGACUGAAAUGUUCAGUGUAAAGUCUAAUAACCUUUCUUAUCUGAAUCUAGUUCCACCAUUAGGAUGAAAUUUAAGUUUGCUCAAUGUCACUUGUAGCACUGAGCUCAAAAAGUGCAACAAAGCUGCUAGUGAAGCCCUAGACUUUUAAUAGAAAAAUCAAUAUUCUAUAUUUAUAAGAGAAAUAUGGUAAUUCUCUCUUUAGUGAGAUGCCAGGCCCACAGCAUAUUAGACUAAUGGACUCAUAAGGUCAUUACUAACCUCACUUCAGUGAGGGCAGGGGCUGUAAUAUGACAAGUUGUUUGUUCUUUUUCUCUAAUUAGUCUAAUGGGUGCUAAAGAUGUAAUUGUGUCAGAGUCACUAUUAUUCAAAGGGGAGAGGAAAUUAGCAAAUCUUCUCCAUUACUGAAUCCUCUACCUCGAGACCUGUACACUGGGAAAGCGGUUCCACCAGCCUGGAGGUCAAGGAGUUGGAGUAGCCUGCGCAGCUAUGGGCCACGUAAUUUAUAACAAGUGGCUGCAAGCAGGUUUAUCAUUUUGAGUGGUCAAUGAGAGGGUUGGUACCACUGCUGCACAAAGGCAUUCUGUAUUUGCCUUUGAAUCCAUUUCCAGGACACAUUUGUGAUUCUCUCUGUAUUACUUGUUCUACAAAUAAUUCCCAGCAGUUAAUGUAUUUGGUCCCUUGGUUGAGAUUACAAAUAUUGUCUUAAGCCUUCAUUUGUCUCUUGAAUUAUUCUUACGGGCCUGAACAGUUUUACCGAAAAUGCCUUGUAACAUCACUAGUAAACACAUCCUGGGAAUAUUUGGUCAUCUAAACCUCACGGGUGCUUUUAGAUUUUUUUCCCCCUUUGUAUCUGCAACUAAAACAUGUCACUGAGUCAUGGCAGGU